UGUUCCUCAACCAGCAAGAAGAUGAUGGAACGUAAACUGACCAUCCUGUACGGCAGCCAGUCCGGAACGGCACAAGACCUAGCCGAGCAGAUUUGGCGCGAAUCAAAGAUGUACUUCUUCCGCGGGAACGUCCUCCCGAUGGACGAGUACGACGUAUCGGAACUGAUCGGAGAACGGUUCGUGGUGUGUGUAUGCUCCACGUACGGUCAAGGCGAAGAACCGGACAAUAUGAAGCGGUUCUGGAAGUUUCUGCUGCGAAAAAGUCUUCCCACCGAUUCCCUGCAACAGGUGCACUUUGCCGUCCUGGGGCUGGGUGAUUCGCGCUACCCAAAAUUUAACUAUGUGGCGAAAAAACUGCACAAACGAUUGCUUCAACUAGGCGGAAGUGCACUGCUACCGGUGGGGCUAUGUGACGAUCAGCACGAUCUCGGGUAUGGAGCCGUCUUUUUGCCCUGGAUCAAUCAGUUGUGGGAUGAGUUGGUACGCAUCGUACCACUGCCAGCUGGUACGCAGAAACUACCCGAAAGCCCACGAGAAUUCCGCUGGAAUGUGAAAAUUGUGGAGAAAGGUCAGCAAGAGUCAGCAGACGAAAUCGAUCUGUACGCCGACGUUAAAAUGCCUAACGGAUUUCAAACGGUGGUGGUAGAAAAUCGACGCACAACGGCGGUAGACCACUUUCAAGACGUUCGGAUGAUUACGUUCGAGAAGAAGGCGGUUCCAUGGUCUUCGGGUGAUGUUCUGUAUGUUAGACCACACAAUUCUAGUGAAAGCCUUGACCAGCUAUUCGAACUGUUCAGCCAGCACGGAAUAAACGUGACCCGGGAAACGUUCGUCCAAGUGAAAGCAAUUGAUUCAGAAAUGCCUGUACCAUCAAUUCUACAACGGCCACUACCCUUGCUUGCCAUUGCGGAACAGUACUGGGAUUUAACGGCGAUACCACGUGCGAGAGCAUUUGCUGUAUUGGCUAAAAAUUGUACGAACGAACUGGAACACGAAAAGUUAAUCGAAUUCAGCCGUUACGAAGGUCAAGAAGAACUGUUUUCGUACGCUAAUCGACCGCGACGAACAAUACUGGAGGUGUUGCAAGAUUUUCCACAUGCCACCAAAUGUCUCACGCUCGAAGCACUGUUCGAGCUAUUCCAACCGAUCAAACCGAGAGCGUUUUCAAUCGCAUCUGCGGUGGAAAGUGGUAAAUUGCAAAUACUGGUAGCUGUUAUAGAGUACAGGACGAAGCUCAGCGUUCCGAGGCGCGGUUUGUGUUCCCACUGGUUGAAACGAUUGAGACCGGGCCAGGUUAUAAAUGCUUGGGUGCGAAAGAGUACAUUCCAGCUGCCGGCAGAUAAUAAAAUUCCGCUCGUAAUGAUAGGACCAGGAACGGGACUAGCACCAUUCCGUGGCAUUCUCCAGGAAAGAGAACUCUCCGAAACGCCUACCUCUGCACCGUUGGUACUGUUUUUCGGUUGUCGUAGCUCUACUGCUGACUUUCACUGCGAGGAAGAUCUUAAGCGUAUGGAACAGAGUGGCAUGCUGCAGCUAUUUUGCGCCUUUUCCCGCGAUCAACCCGACAAGGUGUAUGUUCAGCAUCUCAUCAAAAAGCAAGGUCCUCUUUUGAAAAGGCUUUUGGUAGAGAACGGUGGAUAUGUUCCGUUCUUGGAAAAAAUGGAACCGGUACGGCUUACGCCGGCCUGGGAGGAGCAUAAUCUUCCAAACGAUGAGCUCAACUUCAGGGGGAUGACGAUGGAGCGGGCCAAGAUGGAGACAAAUCCACCGAGGGACAAACUGCGUCUCGUGUUUCUUACGCUAAUGAUCCAUGGUAUCGGUACGCUGAUGCCGUGGAAUAUGUUUAUCACUGCCAAAUCAUAUUUUGUAGAUUACAAGCUAAGUCAAAACUAUACAGGAGUGGAGUUAGAGUAUGGAACGUACUUUUUAGCGUACGUUGGUUUUGCUUCCCAGGUUCCUAACCUUCUAUUUAAUUGGCUCAAUAUUUUCAUGAACCUUGGUGGUAAUCUCACGAAACGGAUCGUUUAUAGCAUUCUGAUCGAAGUGAUUGUGUUUGUCGUUACGGUAGUGCUGGCCAUGAUCAACUCUUCCGAGUGGCCUGGUGCAUUCUUCUGGAUUACGAUGACUACGGUGGUGAUAUUGAACAUGGCUGGUGGAAUUUAUCAAAACACGGUGUAUGGCAUGGCAGCGAAACUUCCGUUCAAGUAUACGGGUGCGGUUGUGCUAGGGUCAAACAUAAGUGGCACGUUUGCAUCAAUCAUCUCGAUCCUCAGCUCACAGUUUGCAUCUUCCGUGAGGACGGCCGCCAUUUACUACUUCAUUACGGCCAUGUUUGUCCUGUUGCUCUGUUUCGACACAUACUUCGCGUUACCAUUGAAUAAAUUCUAUCGCUAUCACGAGCUGUUGAAAGAGAAAGAAAUCGAAUCGAAUCAGCGAGCGAACGUGGGCGCUCGACCCCCAUACUGGACCAUCUUCAAGCAAGCGUUUCCCCAGCUGUUUAAUGUGUUCUUCGUGUUUUUCAUCACGCUAGCCGUCUUUCCGGCCGUCCACUCCGACAUCAAACGGUCGGACAGCAACUUCAUCAUCGACGACGAUCUGUUCGUGAGUAUCUGCUGCUUCCUGACGUUCAACGUGUGUGCCAUGCUCGGCAGUUUGCUAACGUCGUGGGUGACCUGGCCCAAGCCCAAGUACCUGGUAUGGCCCGUCCUGUUGCGGGCCGCCUUUCUACCGCUGUUCCUCUUCUGUAACUAUCAGCCGCUCAACAUUUCACGCGUCCUGCCCGUCUACAUCGAUCACGACUGGGUGUACUGGGGGAUUGCGAUCGUGAUGGCCUUCUCAUCCGGUUACUUUAGCUCGCUCGGCAUGAUGUACGCACCGCAAUCGGUGGAACCGCAGUAUGCGAUGACGGCCGGUAUGUUUGCAGCAGCGAUGCUCAUUACCGGUAUCUUUACCGGUAUCCUGUUCUCGAUGGUGUUCCCGAUGGUGGUUCAGUACAACUUCCUCGAAUGGCUCCACUAGGCCUGGCGUUGGGGAAUGGGCAUUUACGACGGGUACGUUUCGUAACCCGGCAUUUGUUCCCCAUUC